GGCAUCCCAAGCCAGCUCUUAACCAAUGCGCCACUAGGCCGGCCCAUAAAAUCACUUUUUAAUGUGUCUUUUCAUGGGGAGAGGAUCCGCUGAGUUUCAAUGGGUACUCAAAAAGAUAAUGAUGCGCUCGCUACAGUUGAAGAGGCAGAGGAACAACGUUGGAUGUGUUAGCCUCAUCUAGAUCCAGUGUGAGCGGAAGGUAUUUCAAGAAGAGGGUACAGCAUUUGCAAACGCAUGGAGGUGUGACUUGAUAUAGGAAUGAGAGUGGGAGACGACAAUGCAGAGUUAGACCGCCUCUCCUUAGAAACCAUUAACAUCGCUGCACUUCCACCUUCAAAGCGCCCAGGAACCUCGUGCAGAGAGCUGGUUUGCAAGCCCGGGGCCGAGAUGUAUUCUGGGACUAGUAGUUUUCUUUACAGCCUGGAAACACAAGUAUCAAUCUCCACCGGCUCCUACCAAGAAUUGCCCUUCGCCGGUGCGGUGAGCCUUACCCUUUGCUCCAGAAGACUCUUAAUAGACAUACAGCAAUCCCGAGUAAGAAUGGGAGAUUGUUGAUUGACAGAUACAGUUCUCAAUCAGAGUCAAGAUUCGGAGGUUAAAGUCCGCCCUCCUUCGGUUUGUUGGCUGAUGGAAUGGAGUGAUAUUUAUAUAAACCAAUGGAAGAUUUUUAGAGGACUAGGUAGCGUCAAAUGAGAAACCCUUGGCUAACCAUCAUUGGCCAACGUUGUUGCCAAUAAAACUGGCGGAUUUGCCUGCCUCCCCCAAGCAGGCGGAACCAACAUGCCUUUUCCUGAAACACCACUUACCGGCCUUGACAUCUCACUACCCGCUUCUAUUGGCUUUCGCAUAACAGCGACAGUUCUAACAUCCAAUGAUCCCGCGAGGAGGUCCCCAGGGGGAAGGCUCAUUCAGCCGUAAGCCCGUGCCUAACUUUCAUUGGUUGGUGUUCACAAGUGGCAGCUUGGCCGACCAAUCGGGGGUGGCGCGCGGGCUUUGGGUGCAGCCCCGAGGCCCAGGCGGGAGGUCGCUCGGGUCGGGUGUCGCCUGAGAACCGGAUGAAGUGGCGACCGUGAGGCCGAGCCGGAGCGGGCGUCGCGCCGAGGCCCGGGCGGGCGGGGAGCAACGGCCGUGGACGCUGCGGGGCCGUGUCGUUGAGGGCCGAGGGCGGGCGGGGAGCGCUGGGCGCUCAGGCCGGGGCUGCCGGCGCCAUGGGCAACCGCGGGAUGGAAGAGCUGAUCCCGCUGGUCAACAAGCUGCAGGACGCCUUUAGCUCCAUCGGCCAGAGUUGCCACCUGGACCUUCCGCAGAUCGCCGUGGUGGGCGGCCAGAGUGCCGGCAAGAGCUCGGUGCUGGAGAACUUCGUGGGCCGGGACUUCCUUCCCCGAGGUUCAGGAAUCGUCACCCGGCGGCCUCUCAUUCUGCAGCUCAUCUUCUCAAAAACAGAAUAUGCCGAGUUUUUGCACUGCAAGUCCAAAAAGUUUACAGACUUUGAUGAAGUUCGACAGGAGAUCGAAGCAGAGACCGACAGGGUCACGGGGACCAACAAAGGCAUCUCCCCAGUGCCCAUCAACCUGCGGGUCUACUCGCCACACGUAUUGAACCUGACCCUCAUCGACCUCCCAGGCAUCACCAAGGUGCCGGUGGGGGACCAGCCCCCAGACAUCGAGUACCAGAUCAAGGACAUGAUCCUGCAGUUCAUCAGCCGGGAGAGCAGCCUCAUCCUUGCUGUCACCCCUGCCAACAUGGACCUGGCCAACUCAGACGCCCUCAAGAUGGCCAAGGAGGUCGACCCCCAAGGCCUGCGGACCAUUGGCGUCAUCACCAAGCUCGACCUGAUGGACGAGGGCACCGAUGCCAGGGACGUCUUGGAGAACAAGCUGCUCCCCUUGAGAAGAGGCUACAUUGGUGUGGUGAACCGCAGCCAGAAGGACAUCGAGGGCAAGAAAGACAUCCGCACAGCACUGGCGGCCGAGAGGAAGUUCUUCCUUUCCCACCCAGCCUACCGGCACAUGGCUGACCGCAUGGGCACCCCACACCUGCAGAAGACUUUGAAUCAGCAACUGACCAACCACAUCCGGGAGUCCCUGCCAACCUUGCGCAGCAAGCUGCAGAGCCAGCUGCUGUCUCUGGAGAAGGAAGUGGAGGAGUACAAGAACUUCCGGCCCGACGACCCCACGCGCAAAACCAAAGCCCUGCUGCAGAUGGUCCAGCAGUUUGGGGUAGACUUUGAAAAGAGGAUCGAGGGCUCUGGAGACCAAGUGGACACGCUGGAGCUUUCUGGGGGUGCCCGAAUCAAUCGCAUCUUCCACGAGCGGUUUCCUUUUGAGCUGGUGAAGAUGGAGUUCGAUGAAAAGGACCUAAGACGGGAGAUCAGCUAUGCCAUUAAGAACAUUCACGGAGUCAGGACGGGGCUCUUCACCCCCGACAUGGCCUUUGAAGCCAUUGUGAAAAAACAGAUUGUAAAACUCAAAGAGCCGAGUUUGAAGUGUGUUGAUCUCGUGGUCUCAGAACUGGCCACGGUCAUUAAAAAGUGUGCCGAGAAGCUCAGCUCCUACCCCCGGUUGAGAGAGGAGACAGAGCGAAUUGUCACCACUUACAUCCGGGAACGGGAGGGGAGAACCAAGGAUCAGAUUCUUCUUCUCAUCGACAUUGAGCAGUCCUACAUCAACACAAACCACGAGGACUUCAUUGGAUUUGCCAACUGUUACUAUACUGAGCAGCUGGUGACCUGCGCCCAGCAGAGGAGCACACAGCUGAACAAGAAGAGAGCCAUUCCCAACCAGGGGGAGAUCUUGGUGAUCCGCAGGGGCUGGCUGACCAUCAACAACAUCAGCUUGAUGAAGGGUGGCUCCAAGGAGUACUGGUUUGUGCUGACGGCUGAGUCUCUGUCCUGGUACAAGGAUGAGGAGGAGAAAGAGAAGAAGUACAUGCUGCCUCUGGACAACCUCAAAAUCCGUGAUGUAGAGAAGGGCUUCAUGUCCAACAAGCACGUCUUCGCCAUCUUCAACACAGAGCAGAGGAACGUUUACAAGGACCUGCGGCAGAUUGAGCUGGCCUGUGACUCCCAGGAGGACGUAGAUAGCUGGAAGGCCUCAUUCCUUCGAGCUGGUGUCUACCCCGAGAAGGACCAGGCAGAAAAUGAGGAUGGCGCACAGGAGAACACCUUCUCCAUGGACCCGCAGCUGGAGCGCCAGGUGGAGACCAUUCGCAACCUGGUGGACUCGUACGUGGCCAUCAUCAACAAGUCUAUCCGCGACCUCAUGCCAAAGACCAUCAUGCACCUCAUGAUUAAUAACACGAAGGCCUUCAUCCACCACGAGCUGCUGGCUUACCUAUACUCAUCGGCGGACCAGAGCAGCCUUAUGGAGGAGUCAGCUGACCAGGCCCAGCGGCGGGAUGACAUGCUACGCAUGUACCAUGCGCUCAAGGAGGCACUCAACAUCAUUGGGGACAUCAGCACCAGCACUGUGUCCACACCCGUGCCCCCACCCGUUGAUGACACCUGGCUUCAGAGCACCAGCAGCCACAGCCCCACUCCACAGCGCCGACCCACAUCCAGCGUGCACCCCCCAGGCCGGCCCCCAGCAGUGAGGGGCCCCACCCCGGGGCCGCCCAUGAUACCCGUGCCAGUGGGGGCCGCAGCCUCCUUCUCAGCGCCCCCCAUCCCAUCCCGGCCUGGACCCCAGAGCGUGUUUGCCAAUAAUGACCCCUUCUCGGCCCCGCCUCAGAUCCCAUCUCGGCCUGUUCGGAUUCCACCCGGCAUCCCCCCCGGAGUGCCCAGCAGAAGACCCCCGGCUGCGCCCAGCCGGCCCACCAUUAUCCGCCCAGCCGAGCCAUCCCUGCUCGACUAGGCUGCGGGGGGAAUGUUCUGGGGGGGUCCUUGUGCACUCUCGGUGCAGGAGCUUCAGUGGUCUGGGCCCCUCUGCCACUCCUCGCCCUCCAUCCCCAUGUCAGGACCAGGCUCCCUGACUCUUCCCUAACUUUUGACUUAGUCAGGGGCUGGCCUUGCCCCCAUCCCCAUCUGGACACAGCACUGAAUGAAGGGGCCCUGCAGCCCUGGGGCAGGGGCAACUGGGGUGUUGCACUUUGGGGGAUGGGGCAUCUAGUAGCAGAGGAGGGAGCUGUACCCUGAGCGCCAUCUUGAAUGAGGGAUCCCAGCUGGGAUUGGGGGAGACUUGCCCACGGGGCUUCUCUGGAUUAGAAAGCCUGAGUAGACCAGGCCUUCUCAAAACUGGGCACCAAGGGUGCCUGUGCCCGUGCCCUCAGUCCUUGCUGGGGCGCAAGGAGUGUGUCCGAUUCUCAGCAGUGGGAUUGCCCGGUGGCAAACCAGGCCCAGCAGGCCUACCGCUGCCUGCCCUGCCUGAGUUGUACAUAUUCCUUCCUCGGCCGUAUUAACCACACGGCCCAGCCUCAGCUGCCAGAGGUGCCUUUGCCAGGUCCGGAACCCUCAGCUCUGCCGGCCUCGCUGUCUUUUUCCUCCCUCCGCUCCCUUCUCCUGGGUCCCCAGGGUGGCUUGGGCUUGGGGCUGAGUGGGUGGGGAGGCUGUGGGGGGCCUCUCGGCUCCCAACAAGGCCUCCCCCAUGGGGCGGGCCCCAGGCUGCCACUCUGAGCAGACCUCGCUCGCUCCUCGCUCGGUUUGACCACUGUAAGUGCCUGCACUCUGUAUCCUAUUAAUAAACUAAAAUAAAGGGAAGAAGCUUCUGGUG